GUGCACAGUCAUUUUCGAUUGGCCGAAAUCCCGACGGACGAAAUUGCUACCCGCCUCUAUUUUCCAGUGGACUCAGAAAAUGACAGGCGGUCACACACCGCCUAAUCUGGCUCGUAAUUAAAACUUCCAAUUAUUCCAAUGACAUAGAGCAGGCUGCCUCGUCUUUGUCGUAUCUAAUCAUGCAUAAAACAUGUCCACCACGGAGGUCUUGCUUGAGGCAAAACAAAAAAGAACGCAGUACAGCGCGGGUUUUGAGGACGAUUCCCCGCUUCAGUUCCCACCAAUCCUUUUGAAAAGCGUUUCUAUCAAAUGCGCCGGGCUGUCUAAAGGAGAACUAUCUUGGGGAUUUGUCAGUUUGUUUCUCGCCCCCUCCCCCCAUUACUACUGAUGCGUUAACAAGGCAUAUUGGGUUUAUACGGAGAGACACUGUGGCGGGCGGACGACAGAGAUCCGAGAAGCCUCCGAUAAAUAUUGGGAACAUCAACUCUCGAGCAAACAGGACGCGUGUUUUCAAUCUCGACAAUAGCCAGAGACUAAUAAGGUAACCGUACGAAGAGAGGGAAACAUGGCGGCUCUAAGGAUGGUUCUCCUGGUGACCGCACUGCUGCAGGUGGAUGGCGGGAACAUCUUCUGCCCGGACCAGUGCGAGUGUGUCACGGUCUCACGGAUUGAACCUCCGUCAUGGCCGCUCAAGGUCUACAUGUUCAAAUACAGCUGGCCGGACGGGAGCAAAGCGAUGGGCUGCUGGUCCAGGAAGACCAUCCCUCUACAGCUGCCAACAGACCUGAACUACCUGAUCCUGCGGGGAGACCGUACGGGCGAGCCGGGGUACAUGGCGGACAUGCCGCUGGUGUUUUCCGUCAGGAAGAGAAGCGUCAACAACAGAGCCAUCUCCACCAUCUACCAGGGCGCCUUCCAGCGCCUCGGCAUGCUGUUCCAUCUGGACAUAGAGGGCAACGAGAUCGACACAAUCAAUGACAACGAUUUCAAGGACCUGGUACAUCUUUAUAUCCUGGACCUCAGCAACAACAACAUCCGCACGAUUUCCUCCGACUCCUUCCGCGGACUCUACAGUCUUCAGGUCAUCGACAUGUCUCGCAACCAUCUGACGUCACUUCCGGUUGGGGUCUUCGAACCUGUGACUUCCAUAGUCGAGCUCUACCUGAACGACAACGGUAUCACCGCCAUCCCUCCGAACAUCUUCCAACCUCUCCAUAACCUUCGCUACUUCAACAUCUCCAGCAAUCGUCUCCGGGAAAUUCCGGACGGAAUGUUCUCGGGUCUCAGCUCCGUGAUGGAACUGUAUGCCGACGACAAUGAAUUCCGCCAGGUGGCGUCUCACAACCUUCUCGGCCUUGAGAGGGUCGAAAUUCUCUCCCUCAGAUCGAACGAGAUCAUGACCUUGAACGGUUCUCUGAAUUCGACAGUCCCAACCUUGACGACCGUUGAUCUAUCAGUCAAUCAAAUCUCUCUCAUAGAUGAAGAUUUUUUCUCCGGGCUGCAUAACUUGUCUGUCCUUCAUCUAACGGACAACAGGAUACCGGCCGUACGCGGGGACAUCUUUAAGGACCUGCCGCGUCUGAAGGACCUGAGCCUCGCGCGGAACGACAUCAGCACCAUCACAAGAGACGCCUUCCGGGACUUGACGGCACUGCAGCUGUUGGAUCUGUCCCACAAUAAGAUUGCUUACCUUUACAAAAACAUGUUCUACGGAAUGACCAGCCUACACGAGCUGCACCUGGAGAAUAACCGCAUACAGGACUUAGAGGGCGGGGCGUUCCAGCUCGGGUCCAUCCUACACAUGUCUAAAGUCAUGUGGCUGUACCUCAGCAACAAUCAUAUCAGGUACCUGCGGCCAUCAGCUUUCUACGGCCUACCUUACCUGAAGACACUGGACCUCUCCUUCAACAACAUCGAAAUGAUUCACCCAGAAGCGUUUCGAAAAAUGCUCACACUCCACAACCUCUACCUCCAGCACAACAAACUUGCCAAAAUCCCUCACAUGGCCAUCAUGAGGCUGAAAAGCCUGGUGAGCGUCAACAUGGCGGGGAACCAGAUCAACAAUAUCGGCGGCCAUGACUUCAUGGGGCUCAUGAACAUCCGGGACAUCAAUCUCGAAAAUAACGACAUCUCGAACAUCACGAGAAUCGCGUUCUACGACCUCCCCUACCUCCGCAGUCUGGACCUACGUGGAAACCAGAUGAGGGAAUUUGACAUGAAUCUGUUUGACAAACAUCUCUACAUGAGAGAGUUGCUCCUCGAUGGGAACGACAUCACGUACUUUUCUGCCCUGAACUCGCCAGUGAAGCUCUCUCGUCUGUCGCUGGCGGACAACAACCUAGAGACUAUGGACACGAGCGCGCUCAGCAUCAUGGCGUCUACGGGGAGGCUGAAUUUGGCGGGAAACCCCUGGUUCUGCGGCUGUAGUCUCCGCUGGCUGUGGUCCUUGGUGACGACAAACGACAACUUCAAUCAGCUGGUGGAGGCCGAGAAGAUGACUUGUGCUGGGCCUUCUUCGUUACGACGUCGAACCAUCUCCAGUCUGGACCCUGCUGACGUCAGCUGUUCCAGAGUGCUACAGAACGUCAACACGCCUCCGGCUGAAGAUGUCCUCGAACUACCGCAAGGUGUUCCCUGCGAAAGAUCAGGAAAGAAGAGCCGUUGGCCGUGGUACGCCAUCAUCUGGGACGUGGUGCAGGACCGGCCCCGGUGUGCGGGGGUGCUGCUGGCGGAGAGGUGGGUCCUGACUGCCGCCAGCUGUGUGCAGACGUACGGAGACGUGCGGACCGACAUCGUGGUCAAGAUCGGCAAACUCAGGAGCCUCCAUAAGGAAGAUAUCACGGAGAGGAAAUUCAAGGUGGUGCAGGUGCAAGUCAAACCUGAGAACGAUGCCCGUGACCCCGCCCUUGCCAUGAUCAACAUUGACCUCGGAUCCGAACAGGCAGGUCAACCCGUCUGCGUUUCGCAGCAAGUCCGCACGGUGGCGCAGAAGAAGCUGUUCACCUCCAUGUGGGGCCGCACGGAGGAUCACAUCGCGAAGCCGGCGCGGCUCUACGUCAUGAGGCUGAGAUCGUGGCCGUGCGCGGGUCAGCCUAGGGGUCAUAAACCCACCCCGGGUCAGAGAGCAUGCGCAGUCAGGAAUGACAAGAAGACGCUGAUCGACACGCCAGAGUUUAACGGCGUCGGGUCGCCCGUGGUUGCUAGGCAACAGAACACGUGGUACCUGUACGGCAUCAAAACGGCAGACGACCACGGACUAGGCGUGUCAUAUGUCAAAAUAGACGACUUCUGGAAGUGGAUCGUUAUAACCGCAAUGGCGUAAAAAAUCAAAAUCAACCGGGCCAAAAUAUGAUUUAAACAGAAAAAUCCCUAACUAUGCAACUGUAUGCAUACAUGUAGUGUAGAUCUUUUGGAUCAAAUAUCCAUUUCCCUUGUGAAGGUUAGGCAUCCGGGGCUAAAUAUGAUUUGGGAAUGAAUUACAUGUCCCCCUUAACUUGGAAAACUUAAUCAUGUAAAUGUCUUUUCAAAGAACUUUUCGUGUAUUAUAGUUCGAAAUUGGAUUACAUGUUGACAAUAUAUGUGGUGCACAAAUUUGCACACUAAUGUACUUUAAUUUUGUAAGUCAUGGAGCCAGUGACAGUCUUACUUGUAUGAUACGAAGAAUCUGACCAUGAUACGUCUUUCUUAAAGAUUGUUCAGCUAAUAUGACUGUCGUUUAGUGGAACAGCUGAUUGAUAACUAAACCUUAGCACCAACUGUUUGAACGCAGUUAGAAAUCACUGUUUAUGGUUGACUGAGGGUCAAUUUGUGUGUGCAUGUGUGUGUGCGUUCAUGUGUGUGCGUGUGUGUGCGUAUGUGUGUCAGUGUGCGUGCACGUGUGUGUGUGUGCGCGU